CGAGCCCGCGACCGCUGGAGCGCGCCCGCCCUCUUCCAGGUUGUGCACGCGACUCAACACAGCGUUUUCACCACUACCCCUGCAACAACUUUCCUUUUACACUGAUUUUCUGCUGUUGAGCGAGUGUCGGUGAAGAGUAGCGACGAUGGUGGCAGGCGACGUGACACGGCGCGCGUCCAUUACCGCGCCUUCCAUGCACCGGAGGCCUUCGGCGCGCCGCGGUUCUCUCAUUAAGAGCUCUCAAUCACAGUCAAAGGAAGUGCCAUGGGACAUUAUCGAUCGGUGCGCACUGCCCAUCGUGCUAUGUCACGCGCUCGCUGUUGUACUAUCCACUGUACUAAACGCUCUGCACCUCAGCCAAAUCUCCGUGUUCACGCUAUUUAUCUGGUUCUCCAUCUCCGUCACUGGAUCGCUUUGGUUCUACCACAACUUACAAGUGACGGCAGCAAGCAAAGCAGUGCUGGUGACGGGCUGCGACAACGUGUUGGGUAAUGCACUGGCCCGCAGGUUAGAUGACUUGGGCUACCACGUAUUCGCUGGUUUCCAGAACAAGGCAGGCAAUAUUGACGCUGACAUGCUCAAGGAGGACUGUUCUGGACGACUGCACACUCUGCAGCUGGAUUGUACUUCUGAGACCCAGAUUCUGUCUGCGUCACUCUACAUUGUGGAUCACCUGCCAGAGGGCGCUCAGGGACUAUGGGCGGUUGUCAACUGCGAAUCGUGGUGCGCCCUAGGUGAACUAGAGUGGGUUCCAUUCUCCGUAAUCCGCAAAGCCAUGGAAGUAAACCUUUUAGGCCCGGCUCGUUUGGUGCAAGUGAUGUUGCCGCUAGUGAGGCGAGCGCGCGGCCGCAUAGUUCUUGCUUCGUCCAUCCUGACGCACGUGGCAGCGCCUGUGCGCGGCGUUCACGCAGCGUCAUUGGCCGCUCUGGAUGCCCUUGCUGCCUGCCUACGCCGUGAACUCAAACCAAGGGGCGUUGAUGUGGUGAUAGUAGCUGCUGGGGAGUACACUACUGGUAGCGCUUGGUUGAAUGAGGAGAAACUACUGGAACAAGCUCGUGACAUGUGGAAGAGGCUUAGCGACGAGCAGAAGGGUGCUUACGGCGAAGACUACUUUGAACAGGCCCUUCGAAGCCUUGAAAAGUACACCCAGAACGCCACCGAUACCCAAGAAGACAAAUGUUGCCAACUUAAAGGACCCACCUCUGAUAAGAUCCUCCCACACCUCUCGAAGAUACUGGAGAGAGUUGUUUGUGCACAGCUCACGGAGUACAUUGAGCGCAAUAAUAUAUUACUGGUGCACCAGUCCGGUUUUCGUAAAUCUCGUAGCACGGCGACAGCACUACUGGAUAUAGUGGAUAAUAUUCUUUGUGCUCAGGAUAAAGGAGAAGGUACUAUAAAGGCAGAGAAUUCCACUCCUUUGCAGUCCGCCGUAGAAAUGUGGAAGGAAAAUGCUUCGUGUGAAUCAUUGGAAUAUCCACAACAGAGGCAUGGAACUCUAGCCUACGUCUAG